AGUUCUACAAAGCGGACUUUUCGGAUACGAACGUGGCAGGGACGUUCAGCAUCGCAGUCCCCUCCAAGUCCAUGACCAAGCCGACUCAGUUCCGCCUGACCACCGCAGGUAACAACGAUUUGCUGCUUGGGGUUCCUGCCGGAAGGUUCCAGGCAAUGAUCACCGGGGACGAGAUCAAAGGAGGCGCAAUGUUUGCCGUCUCCAAUCUGAACCGCAAGUGCACCAUCGCCUACAGCAUCGUGCUCGUCUCCCCACAAGCCCUCAUGCCAGAAGCAACCAUCUCCGUCGUCGACCCGACCACCCAGGAAUCAAUCAUCAUCCCCGUCGGCUGCAAGUGGGCCCAGCCCAGGCCCGGCGUGCACGUAUGCGAGGCCAAGGGCGAUUUCCCCACCACCAUAGACACCGUUUUCUCAACAACCUCUCUUGCGCCAGCGGCCGCGGCUCGGAGUGCGGCUGCCAGCAUGAGCGCAGCAGCCCUGCCAGGGUCGGCGGUGGACCUGGUGUUCAAGGUGACGGUGGCAUCGGGCAUGCUGCCAGAGUCUGAUGGCGCGCUGCGCUACUCGCUGUGA